AUGCCUGUGAUAUUGCCGAGACCUCCAUCUGGCACCAGUUCCCAACUUCAAACCGAAACAAUGAGUCUUCUCUCCUCUUGCCUUGCUCUUCUCUUCGCCGUUCUUCUCGCCUUUGCCUCUGUUUCCAUGGUCAACGCUGAUCCCGUCCCGUUAUGCGACUCAUCUUGCCCGAACAUCGCCACUUGUUGUUUCGCAAAAGGCUAUUUGAAUGGUGGUGCCUGCAUUAGUGGAGCCGCCUUCUGCAGC